AUGUUCGGGAAGAAGAAGAAGCGGGUCGAGAUCUCGGCGCCGUCUAACUUCGAGCACCGUGUGCACACGGGCUUCGACCAGCAUGAGCAGAAGUUCACAGGGCUGCCCCGCCAGUGGCAGAGCCUGAUCGAGGAGUCGGCUCGCCGGCCCAAGCCCCUCAUCGACCCCGCCUGCAUCACCUCCAUCCAGCCUGGGGCCCCCAAGACCAUCGUGCGGGGCAGCAAAGGCGCCAAGGAUGGGGCCCUCACGCUGCUGCUCGACGAGUUCGAGAACAUGUCGGUGACGCGGUCCAACUCCCUGCGGAGAGACAGCCCGCCGCCACCUGCCCGUGCCCGCCAGGAAAACGGGAUGCCCACGGAGCAGGCCGCCAUGGCCAGAGGGGGCCCAGAGAAGGCGGGCAGCCAAGGCCGGGGGGCCGGUCACGGCGAGGCGGGUGGCAGCAGUGGUGACAGGCGGCGGGCGGGGCCGGACAAGAGGCCCAAGUCUUCCAGGGAGGGCUCAGGAGGGCCCCAGGAGUCCUCCCGGGACAAGCGCCCCCUCUCUGGGCCUGACGUCGGCACCCCCCACCAACCCGCCAGUCUAGCCAGCGGGGCAAAAGUGGCAGCUGGCCGGCCCUUUAACACGUACCCGCGGGCUGACACGGACCACCCGUCCCGGGGCACCCAGGGGGAGCCUCACAACAUGGCCCCCAAUGGGCCAUCAGUGGGCGGCCUGGCCGUCCCCCAGUCCUCCUCCUCCCGGCCCCCUGCCCGAGCCCACGGCGCCCCCAGCCCUGGAGUGCUGGGGCCCCACGCCUCUGAGCCCCAGCUGGCUCCUCCAGCCCGUGCCCUCGCCGCCCCUGCCGUGCCCCCCGCCCCCGGGCCCCCCGGCCCCCGCUCACCACAGCGGGAACCCCAGCGAGUGUCCCAUGAGCAGUUCCGGGCUGCCCUGCAGCUGGUGGUGGACCCCGGCGACCCCCGCUCCUACCUGGACAACUUCAUCAAGAUCGGUGAGGGCUCCACCGGCAUCGUGUGCAUCGCCACCGUGCGCAGCUCUGGCAGGCUGGUGGCCGUCAAGAAGAUGGACCUGCGCAAGCAGCAGCGGCGGGAGCUGCUCUUCAACGAGGUGGUGAUCAUGAGGGACUACCAGCAUGAGAACGUGGUGGAGAUGUACAACAGCUACCUGGUCGGCGACGAGCUCUGGGUGGUGAUGGAGUUCCUGGAGGGAGGCGCCCUCACCGACAUCGUCACACACACCAGGAUGAACGAGGAGCAGAUCGCCGCCGUGUGCCUGGCCGUGCUGCAGGCCCUGUCCGUGCUCCACGCCCAGGGGGUCAUCCACCGGGACAUCAAGAGCGACUCCAUCCUGCUGACCCACGACGGCAGGGUGAAGCUGUCAGACUUCGGGUUCUGCGCCCAGGUGAGCAAGGAGGUGCCACGGAGGAAGUCCCUGGUGGGCACGCCCUACUGGAUGGCCCCGGAGCUCAUCUCCCGCCUGCCCUACGGGCCAGAGGUGGACAUCUGGUCUCUGGGGGUGAUGGUGAUCGAGAUGGUGGAUGGGGAGCCCCCUUACUUCAAUGAGCCACCCCUCAAAGCCAUGAAGAUGAUCCGGGACAACCUGCCUCCCCGACUGAAGAACCUGCACAAGGUGUCACCAUCCCUGAAGGGCUUCCUGGACCGCCUGCUGGUGCGUGACCCGGCCCAGCGGGCCACGGCGGCCGAGCUGCUCAAACACCCGUUCCUGGCCAAAGCGGGCCCGCCCGCCAGCAUCGUACCCCUCAUGCGUCAGAACCGCACCCGAUGA